AUGGCACCGCUCAACGAGGAAGAGGAGUAUGCCUUGGCUCAACAAGUCCUCCGCCAGCUUGCACAGACAGAAUAUGCCUGUUCAGCCUUGACAAAGCUUAGUGGCGGAACAGCAAACUUUCUCUACCGUGGACUCCUUCUUCAACCGCUCGAAGGAGAGGCAGAUACGGGAGCGGCGCAGACUGUCGUGAUCAAACGUUCGACUGGUUAUGCUGCCGUAAACCGGGAAUUUCCCCUUGAUGUCUCGCGCUGCGUCUUUGAAGAGACUAUGCUCCGUGUUCUGGAUGGUCUUUCACAUAUCGUCAUCACCCCUAGCGGCUCUACGGUGGUCUUGGCACCGCGAUGCUACAUGUUUGACCGAGAUACACACAUUCAAGUUCAUCAAGACUUUCCUGAUACUAUAGACCUCAUCAACCUCUUACAAUCGACCAAGCUUGAUCACGUUCUGCCUGGACCCAGCAGCCAAUCAGUUGGUUACGCCUUGGGUUCCUGGCUGCGCUUCUUCCACAACUGGACCUCCGAGCCAGCCCAAGCUGAACUUCGGAGAAGAGUUGGGCCCAACGAGGGCAUGCGUCGGUUGAAGUGUCUUAUUACGUACGAUAGCUUCAUCGAGAUUCUCGAACGUCACCCUGAGACGAUAGAAGGUCAUAAACAGACGUUGGAAGCUGUCAGAGAUGCUAUGAAAUACGAGUUUAAGAGGGUACCAACUAAAGGAGAUAGGAUUCGUGGUAUUAUUCACGGGGAUUUCUGGGCUGGCAACGUUCUACUACCAGACAGUCCCUGGCAUGAGAAAACAUCACCUCAAGGACCAAACAAGCUCGUCAUAAUCGACUGGGAAAACGUCCAGGUCGGCCACCGCGCCGUGGAUAUCGGCGGAAUGCUAGCCGACCUUUACGAACGCAAACACUUCAAAGACAUCGCUGCGAGUAUACCCAUCAUGCAAGGCUUCAUCGAGGGUUAUGGCCCGCUGAGCGAAGAGCUGGCAUUUAGCACUGCCGUUUAUGCUGGCGUGCAUCUUAUUUGCUGGUAUUAUCGGCGAGAUCGGAAUGCUCCUUUGCCGUAUCCGUUGCCAAAGGUCUUGGAUGCCUUGACUUUGGGGAGAGACUUUGUCCUCAAAGGCUGGGCUAAGGACAGGGAGUGGUUUGAGAGUUCUGUAUUAGCGGCCUUGUUUAUGAAAAAAAAGUAG